CUCUGCACCCCGUAACAGAGGAUUACAAAUAAUUAGUGGAAUCAAGGACGGUUUCUGAGACAAUCAAAUUUUCAUGGAGUUUGGGAUUGAUGGCUCUAUUAAUGGCAAUACAAUAGUAGGAAAUGCUGCUAUGGGUGAGGUUAGUAGCAUAGCUGAUAUUGAAAACAGAACAGGUGGAAGUUCUGUUGAACCGACUUACAAACAAGAUCAAGAUGAUAAUAUGACUCAGGAUUCUUCUGGAGGGGUUACAAUCCCAUUAGCAGUUCCCACAGUAUCAGUUGUUUCAGCUGAUGAGCCCUAUGUGGGUCAGGAGUUUGAGUCGGAAGCAGCAGCACAUGCUUUUUAUAAUGCAUAUGCCACACAUGUUGGAUUCAUCAUUCGUGUAAGUAAACUCUCACGAUCAAGGCGCGAUGGAUCUGCUAUUGGACGGGCUCUUGUUUGCAACAAAGAGGGUUACGGAAUGCCUGACAAGCGGGAAAAGAUUGUAAGGCAAAGGGCAGAGACAAGGGUUGGUUGCAGGGCAAUGAUUUUGGUGAGGAAAGUUAGUUCUGGUAAAUGGGUUGUUACAAAGUUUGUAAAGGAGCACACACAUCCUCUGACUCCUGGAAAAGGUAGAAGGGAUUGCAUUUAUGAACAAUACCCGAAUGAACAUGAUAAAAUUCGGGAACUAUCUCAGCAGUUGUCAACGGAGAGAAAGCGAUCUGCGAUCUAUAAAAGACAUCUCGAAUUGAUAUUUGAGCACAUCGCGGAGCAUAAUGAGAACCUUUCUAAGAAAAUACAGCACAUAGUAGACAGUGUGAAGGAGAUGGACAAAAAAGAUCAACAUAGCCAAUGAUAGGUUCAACUUUCUAUUAUCUGGUCUUCUAAUUAUUUUUCACUGGAUGAAACACAGAAUCAACUGUCACUGUCCAAAAGUGCUGCAAGGUGAAGGGUGCAAUAAUAUCUAAUAACUGCUGACCUAGGGUAUCUGCUUUGUUCCUUCUUUAAGCGUCUGGUGGGUUCGGUAGUUCAGUUUGAUACAGUGGAAUUCAUUGUAUUGCUUUUUAUGCUUUGAUACUUUAGUUGGUAGAGGAAACUAGUUCAGUCGAGGUAUAGAUAGGUCUUUGAGUCCAUUCUUGUAAAGUUGUGCUAAUAAUGUGAUAGUUCAUAUCAGGCAUUCAAAUGCCUUUAUAGAGUUUAAUUCUUCCAUUGUUGAUUUUGUAAAAAAUUGAUCGAAGGCUGUCUCCUUUGUAUAGAUUCAAAUAAUGAUUAAUCAUCCAUUUUGUAUAGAA